AUGAGCGACCAUGGCGUCCUUCCAGAUGAGCCUCACCAGACUUUUGACACGAUUCUAACACUCGAUUUUGGAUCUCAAUACACUCAUUUAAUUACUCGGCGACUUCGCGAACUGAACGUUUACUCUGAGAUGCUACCGUGCACCCAGAAACUAUCCGAAUUGUCCUGGUCUCCUAAAGGCAUUAUCUUGUCUGGUUCCCCCUACUCUGUCUACGAAGCAGAUGCCCCUCAUGUUGACCCGGCCAUCUUUGAACUUGGCGUGCCAAUUCUCGGUAUAUGCUAUGGAUUGCAAGAGAUUGCCUGGCAUCAUGGAAAGAACGUUGUUGCUGGCACAGAACGCGAAUACGGACAUUCCCAGUUACAAGCCAAGCGAGUGGAUGGACAUGUUGACAAGCUUUUCAAGGACUUGGAGGACGACCUCAAGGUUUGGAUGUCACAUGGAGACAAGUUGGGAGCUCUUCCUCCGCAAUUUCACACCGUCGCGACCACAAAAAAUGCACCGUUUGCGGCUAUUGCGCACGAGACCAAGUCCAUAUAUGGAAUUCAGUUUCACCCAGAGGUAACACAUACGCCGCGGGGAAUCAAACUACUUGAGAAUUUUGCAGUUGGGAUAUGUGGAGCGAAGCAAAACUGGACUAUGGAUAUGUUUGUCGAUAAGGAAAUUGCCAGGAUUAGAGCUCUUGUGGGUGAAAAGGGUCAAGUGCUUGGGGCGGUUAGUGGAGGAGUCGACUCGACGGUAGCAGCUAAACUCAUGCAUGAGGCUAUUGGCGACCGUUUUCACGCUGUUUUGGUCGACAAUGGUUGUAUGCGCCUUAACGAAUGUGAACAGGUCAAGAAGACGCUGACUGAAAACCUCGGUAUCAAUCUCACAGUUGUCGAUGCAAGCGAUCUCUUCCUCGACGGCUUGAAAGGAAUUCAUGAUGAUCCAGAAGCCAAGCGAAAGUUUAUCGGUGGAACCUUCAUUGACGUGUUCGAGGCCGAAGCCUUGAAAAUCGAAACCGCGGCUGCCAACUCUGCAAAAGCAGGGCGCAUAGAGUGGUUUCUUCAAGGAACACUUUACCCAGAUGUGAUCGAGUCCAUCUCCUUCAAGGGCCCGUCGGCAACUAUUAAGACUCAUCACAACGUAGGCGGUCUUCCCGAGAGAAUGAUGAACGGCCAAGGCCUGAAAUUGAUUGAACCGCUUCGCGAGCUCUUCAAAGACGAAGUCCGCGAGUUAGGUCGUAAGCUCGGAAUCUCCCACGAACUUGUAAUGCGCCAUCCAUUCCCUGGACCUGGAAUCGCCAUUCGCGUUCUCGGUGAAGUUACCAGAUCCCAAGUCGAGAUUGCUAGAAAAGCGGACCAUAUCUUCAUUUCGGAAAUCCGAGCCGCAGGUCUUUAUGACCAAAUAUCACAGGCCUUCGCAGCUCUUCUUCCCGUAAAGGCGGUUGGCGUGAUGGGGGACAAGAGAGUUCAUCAGCAGGUCAUUGCUUUGAGAGCUGUGCAGACCACAGAUUUCAUGACGGCGAACAUAUUCAGAUUCGAUUGGGAGUUUUUGGAGAGAGUUAGUACGAGGAUUGUGAACGAAGUCGACGGUGUUUGUCGGGUCGAAUACGAUCUGACCUCGAAACCGCCUGGGACCAUAGAGAUGGAAUAG